UCAAACGCCAAAACAAAAUUCGAUUCACACAAAAAUGGCAGCUUCGGAACCGUACUUUUUGCUGUUAUUUUAAACAUUUAAAUCGAUAGCAUACUUCGUAAAUGAACCGUACUAUUGAACUUUGUUUCGUGCGCGUACAAUGAAUAUGUUUUUAUGCGUGAUUCAGAGAUAGUGAUGUGUCGGAAAAGUUAAACCUGGCGGUUACGGUUGACGCAAUUGCUUUUGCAGACUCCGGAAGAGUGGAUCUUGGAACAACAUGUAUCUACCGAAAAAUCAAUAAAGCUUUUCUCGCGGAAAGGCUCUUAUUUUCUUAAUAUGCCCCAGUAAUUCAGUGGAUAUGUAAUGAAAAAUGGUAACGAAAUAUUACCAGUGAUACAAAGAGAAGUGAAUAAGGCAGGCCAGCCAAGGCCAAACGCGGACGGUGCGUGAAGCAAAUAAUGUCACAGAGUGCUCCCAGGAGACAUCCACCCGCCGGUGGUAAUCCAGAAGUCAUGUCGGCGAAAUUUGGUGACACUGAAUGGGAGGCUCGAGAGUCGCAACGCUUACGUGAGUUGGAGGAAGCUCGAGCUCGGGCAGCGCAGAUGGAAAAGACCAUGAAAUGGUGGUCCGACUGUACGGCUAACUGGAGGGAAAAGUGGAGUAAGGUCCGCACGGAGCGCAACAAAGCCCGCGAGGAGUCGAAGCAGCUGCGUAGCAGCCUAGAGUCAGCCAUCAAAGAAUCCAACUCUUACAAGCGGGAAAAAUGCGAGCUGGAAAUUCAAAUCAGCCAGCUGAAGAAGGAGAUGGAAAAGGUGCACAUGUUGAUGAUGAAGCAUGCCGGUCAGUUCAACAAGGCCAGCCUGGAUGCGGCAGACGAACCGGAGCGGGAUGGACGGGAUAACAACGGCUCGCCGGAUAUUUUGUCGGAUGGGCUGAGAAAUGUCAACAGCGAGGAUGUACUGGUGACGAAAGUGAAUCAUCUGCCGGACGAUAGCGGACAGGAUGAUUUGGAUGUUGAAGAGUACAUUCUGCAAGGAGGUGCCAUGCCAAAACAUUCCGUAGAGUUUAAGGAUAAAAGCGACCAUGUAGCCGAGGAAAGAAGACUGAUUCAGCAGCUGUCGAAAGAUGACUACGAUGAGGAAUAUCUGAUGCAGAAGAUUUCCAUGUUGCAAAUACGGCUCGAAGAUGCCCAGAAGACGAUUCAGAUUGAGCGAGAGGAGAAGAACAGUAUUCAUUUGAGUUUCGAAAAAUUUCGACAAGACAUGCAGGAGCUGAGGGACAAAUGUGAAGAGUUACGAGCUGCCAAGCAGGAUGCAGUUCGAGAGCUGCUAACGCUGCAAGAGCAGCAUCGAGUCGAAAUGAGAAUUACGAACAAUUCGUUGCAGGAGGAAGUGGCUGCAAGAGAGACCCUAGACAGGAGACUGUGUGAGCUAAGGACUGAGCUUGAACGUAUGCAGGCAGAAAAUGCAGCCGAAUGGGGUAAACGUGAACGUCUCGAAACAGAGAAAUUAAAUCUCGAACGAGAGAACAAAAAACUGCGGGCGGAAUGUCAUGACCUCCAAGAACGUCUGGAGCGAAAGGGGCGUCCACCGGGUAGCAGCAGUGACACUGAAUUCCGAGCUAUGCAACAGGAGUUGAUGGAUAAAAAUAAGGAAAUUAGCGAUAUUCGCCAUUCGCACAGUAAAAUGAAGAAAAUGUUAUCCGAAGCAAACACGGAGCUGGGUCAUGCGGUACGUCGUGCGGAACAGUACGAAACAGAGGUCAAGCGACUACGUUCCCGUGUCGAAGAGCUAAAGCGCGAGCUGGCCGGUGCAGAAGACGAGCUGGAUUCCGCAUGCAAUCAUGUUCGUCGAUUACAGCGAACAAACGAAGAGCUAUCUGGUCAAACGGAAGGACUUCAGGUGCAGAUUCAGCAUUUACAGACAAGCCCAAAAAACCUGCAAGAUCAAAGUAACUAUAAGGCCUCUAACAAAGCCAACUUCUCCAACUCCAACUACAAGCCAAACAUUAAUGAUCUAAAGCAACUGUUCGAUAACUCCCGUCACUAUAACGAACGCCAGCUACAGUCGAAAACCCGCGUAAACGAAACUCAACCCUCUUUCCUUUCUGGCUCAUAUUACGAUGCCAAACCGAGCUACAUUAGCAACGAUACCUCGUUUGAUAUAAAAGAUAAAUCUCUCAAUAAUAUGUUCGAUUUCGAACGUGCGAAGCAAAAGUUUGACAACAUUGCCCGACCAGCCGGACCGUCGGCCAAUGGGGGGUCCAACGCGAAUUCCAGACGAUCUUCCACCAGUCAGAAUAGCAGUAGCAAUUUCAUCAAGCACAACAAUCAAUCGGGCUCGUCCGUCUCGGGGAUCCCGAAGCGGCAGUCCAGUUCGGCCGGCUCUAGUUUCUUUGACUGUAGUAGUUUUGCAGCUGGCAUGGAACCGGCGAGACGUCCAGAAUCGGACGGUGCUCCGCUGCUUGCGAAACAGUCGAGCAUUGUGAACGACACGAUUCAGUUUUUCGAUAAUGGCGAUGUUGGAGCUGGACUAGGUGGGGGUUUAGGAGGGCCGGCUAGUAAGUUGAACAUUACCAAGGUGACUAACAUCAAUCUGGAUGGGCUGAAGGUGUCCGAGGAUGAUGAAACUCCGUAAUUACGGUUCGACUAGUCUCCUGUCAGCAAAUGAUGACAACAGCGAUAAUGAUUGAAAUAUCUUGCGCUAGAGCUCCCGUCAAAUGUGUUGAAACAAUUUCAAAAUGAGGUUGAGACGAAGUAAUUUUUUCCCGAAAAAAAAUAUCGUCGAUUCUCAUUCGUAUACUUACUCAAUUUACAGUUUUAUUCGUACUCGUGUAGCAUUUAUUCGUGUUCACACCGUGAUAUGUCAUAUAUCUUUACAUACAUAUAUUUUAUUAGAGUUUUUGCGUAGCCAUCACCUAGAAUCCCAUCACCGGUUGGUUGACUCGCUCGGGACUAAGUAUUAAAAAUCGCACGAUAUUGAAUUAUAGCAAUCAAAUCGAGAGGUAACACUAGUUCAAACGCACUGCAAGUAAUCAAAUUCAACCAUAAUUGGCACUCAAAAGAUACCCGCUGGCACCAGCGGCGUAACGUCUGUCCGGUUUGGAUUUACAUGUCAUGAUUUUUUGGCGACCUGUUGAUUUUCUCAAGAGUUUAGUGUGCAGCAUUUAAUUCGAAUAUUUGAUAAGCUCAAACUGAGGUAAACAAAAUAUAAAUCAAACAUGUGAA